AUGAGCCGGAGAAAGUUUCUCCUUCCUGUCAUUACAGUUCUGCUACUACUACUACUGUUUUCGCUGCAGAUGUAUGGGGAAGUCGGUAUGGUGCGGGGUGUUGCGGCAGCAUUUGUGUCCUCGCCGACAGGGCGAAGUCCCCUGCAGAAGUGGCUCCACGCGGAUUGGACGCAGAAGCACGAGGUGCCGUUUGACUGGUUUAUACAUCAGCGCCACUCUGCGCACAAUAAAUCUUUCCAUGCUUCUACUGCUAAUACAGCAUUUCAGGUCCGCAGGCACUUACCCAUUACGCACACGGCAGGGCCGGCCGAGGGGGGUGAGUGGCAGUUUUCCGCCAGCGACGGUCACUACGUCGUCGUAAAACUUGAUAAGCUUAGUAGGGAGCACCGCCGGGCGGCCCGGCGCAUUUUGGCAGAGCAUGGUAUGAGGGAUACCCAUGUUAUUGAUGAGUUGCACCUACUUGUGUAUGUGGACACCCCUCGUGCCUCUCUGUUUCGAGCGGCUUUCGAAGCGGAUGCUGAUUCUGCUGUGCAACUUUCAUCAAUGACGGUGAUGGACAUUUAUUCCACUCUGGCUGGUGCACGCCUGAAGCUUUCCCGUGCGAUUCGCAUUGCCAUGGACCGUUGCAAUCUGUCAAGUAGAAGGAUUCGUGAGUUUAGCAGCAGGGAUGAGAUGACGCCAGCGAGUCUACGAUAUCGGCGGUUACCGCUAGAUGUGCGCACGGCGCUGGGGAUGGAAAACGUUGUGGAGACGUCACUGCGAAAUGAACGGAUUGUUGACGCAGCAGCAGCAACUGGAUGCCAAUGGGAAGUAUUAUCGGCGACGAGUGGGAAAGGGUUAGUGCGGUGGGUGCUGUCGCUCUCCCCCAAAGAAAAUGAGAGAGCAAAUGCAAAAGAAAACAGCAAUAGGGAUGAGGAGAUGGUGCUGUGUCGUUGCGCUUCGUUCAUCAGCGUAGUGAUCGAGCAACCGGCGGUGCGCUGGAUGGAGGUUGCAGCCGAGUACGCGGUGCCACUCAAUGAUCACGCUACCGCUCUUGUGCAGCAGGGGCGUCAGAAUGAAAAGGCGCCUGCCCAUCCUUUCUGGGAUAUGGGCAUCGACGGCACAGGCGAGAUUAUUGGAAUGGCGGAUAGUGGCAUUGAUUAUGAUAGCUGUUUUUUCAACGAUCCAAAGGAAGAAGUUGCGAUUUAUCCAAAGGUGAAUCAUAAUCAUCGCAAGAUUGUGUCAUACGCACCGUGUGACUUGAUUCCUGGCGACUACUACAUAGGUGACAAGGCAGGUGGGCACGGCACACACGUGGCAGGUUCGGCGGCGGGGCAUAUGCUUGGCGGCGGCGCCAACGCCAAAUAUGAUGGCGUUGCGAAGGGGGCAAAGCUCUUCUUCAAGGGCCUCGGCUGCCCCAGCCAGUCGAUGCUUACUCUUCCUGUUGACAUCACGGAUGUGUUUCGCCCCGGCUACGAUGCAGGGGCGCGGGUCUUCACGAACUCGUGGGGCUUCUUCGCACCACCGGAGUACACCGCAGUGGAGAAGAGCAUCGACGCCUUUGCUGGCAUCAAGGAGGACUCUGUGCUUAUUUUCGCCUCCGGCAACGACCCACGCUCCGGGCUGAUGAUACCCUGUCGAGCCAAGAAUAUGAUCUGCAUUGGGGCGCACAUGAACAGCUUCGACCCCAAACGGGAAAACAUCAUUGGUACUUUCUCGUCCUUCGGCCCUACGUACGACAAACGCGUGAAACCGGAGCUGCUAGGUCCCGGAAAGCCGAUAACCUCCGCACUCUCUGACGGCGACGUUCACACAAAGCAAUGCAGUGUCACCUCAAAGUGGGGCACCUCCAUGGCGACGGCGGUGGUGGCGGGUGGCGUGACAUUGAUGCGCCAUCACCUCCGGCUGCUGAAGAACACAACUACGCCCUCCUCCGCACUGCUAAAGGCGAUGAUGAUUCACUCAACCGUGUACCUAAACAACUCGCGCAUGGGCGGCUUUGGUCGCCUAGACCUCUCGGUCUUCUUCGCACCCCACGACGUGAAGGGGUGGUUUCGCGACAGAGAGACCGUGAUGCACCACACCAACAAUGUGUACUGCUUCACUGCGGCACCCACAGCGACGGAGGAAAGUGAUGAGGUGCGUGUCACACUUGCGUGGACAGACGUAGGUAGCGCCAUAGAGGGUUCUACACGCUCGCUCGUCAAUGACCUUGACUUGAUGGUGGUUGAUUCAGCAGGAGCCGUGUACUACGCCGGUGAGGACGGCCUUGAUAGUGUGAAUGUUCUGGAACAGCUUCGAUUACCGCCUUCCCCGUCGCUGGCAGCAGGAUUCCGCGUGUUUGUGUAUGGUGGCGAUGUGCACGAUGGAAUGGUGCAGAAGUAUGCACUUGUAGUCUCUGGUCCGGGUUUGCAGUAUGUCGAGAACUGCAGUGCAGUGUCAAAUACGAGCUGUGCCAAGGGGUGCAGUGGGAAUGGGCAGUGCGUUGAGGGCGUGUGCAAGUGUACUGCUGGGUACCGAUUCGUUGACUGCUCAUUCUGUGAUGAAGAUUUGCGUUGCCAUGGACACGGAACAUGCGAGACGAAGGACUUAAAGUGCAAGUGCGACAAUGAUCACUUCGCCACAGAGAACUGUUCGAUGUGCAAGGACGGCUGGUACGGCCCAUCUUGUUCUUCCAACUGCACGUGUAGCAAUAGAGGAACUUGCAACAAGAGUACAGGUGAGUGCACAUGCCCGAAAGUCGAGAAAUGGGGUGGAACGGGAUGCUACAGUGGCCCCAACUGUGAAUAUUGCUGCAAAGACUUUUACGGUGAUAACUGCAGCCUUCGGAGCUAUUGGUGCCGGGAGGACGGGUGGCCAGUUGCCGUCAAUGAUACUCGCGGUGGCUACAUUCAAAUAAAUGGAUACGGUACCUACUCGCCAAUGUUGACGUGUCGGUGGGAUAUCGAUGCACCGAAAGGCCGCAGAGUUCGAUUGGAAUACCUAGAGUUCGAUUUGGAGGAGCCAACGGAUGUGUUGCUAGUCUACGAUGUGAUUGGCAACGACACGUCGCCGUUGCGUACAGACUCUGGUAAGAGGGCAAAUGGUACCGUGGUGUAUUCCUCUCAGAAUGCCUUGUCAAUUGCCUUCGCCUCCGGCUGGUCUCACAUUCGGCACGGGUUUUUGCUGCGUUACAGCUUUGAAAAGAUAUUAAAUCCUGCUUGUAUGCUUAACUGCACCGAGAACGCCCUCUGUGAGGAAUGGGACGGUGGCUUUUGUCUCUGCGACUCUGGACAGGCGGGCUGGAUGUGUGACACGAAGAUGGAACUUAACAAGGAUCCGAUCAAGUUGGCGGCUUCUGACACACAAGGUGCCACCAACGCUACCUUCCUUAUUAAUGGACAGACGUGGCUCUUGUUGAGGAGAUCGCCCUCAGUGGUGACUGAUGCCAGCUUGUAUCUGGCAUUUGCCAACGACUUCAUUGCAACACAGCACCAUGGCAUUGUGCUGCAGGUAAUGGUGACGACGACAAACCCCAAGGAGGAUAAGAAUACGACAAUCAUGGUGAAUAUGACGGUAACACAGAUAUGCAAGUAUCCCACGGUCGGCUUAAACCACGCACUGCAAAAUGUGGACGGCACACUGAACAUCUCUCUCCGCCUUCUGCACAACGCUUCAUCGUUAUUCGAUGUGAACAACAGUGCAAACCAGAAUGUUUCGCUCUAUGUUGCGGAAGGUGAACCGUUCGUUGGCCGCCCGAGUGAGAAUGCGGCGGAUAUCAAUGGUCGCCUUCUCUACAUGUACUGCAGCAGCGCACUUCCCAUCGAUUCCUCAUCCAAAGUCCCCACGACGCCCCCCAUCGUGUACCCUACCGAUACGACACCCACUUCGGUACCAGAUGCUGAGCCUACAAACAUAACGGAGCCAGCAGCCGACAGGCCCCUCGGGUUCAUCGCUGGACCCGGGAUGCUCGUGCUAUUGACUGUCUCCAUUGCGGGGGUUUGCAUCGUCGUCAACUGCACUCGGUGGGGUGCCGAAAACUACGAGUUGGGUGCCAUCCCUCCUGAGGAAGUGCUGGUGUCGGCGGCGUCCUUCCGCGACGAAGGUGGUGUUGACUACGAUGACGAUGGCGGCGAGCUCUUCUCCUCCUUGACGGUCACUCCGCGGCUGGCCGCAGAGGACGGCACGAGCAGAGAUGCACUGAUGCAGCGACGGAAGGGAAACACCGCAUAUAUGCAGAUCCAAACAGAUGACAGUGACGCUGAAGUGGAAAUGACACGAAAAAGUAAGGGGCACCAGGGUGAAGAAGAAGAGUAG